GAGUGGAGUGGCACAAGUUACCGGGACAAAAACGACAUAAGAAAAAAUGUAUAUAUGUUAAAAAAAAAUAAUUAAGACCUCGAUGUGUCGAUGUUUCUCGCUGUGGCUCUUGUUGGAGUUUUUUUUAAACAACUUCACUGGAAACUGUGGCCGGAAACUGCAGACUGGGGUUAUUGCUUGACCUUUGGACAAGAGAUCACUGGAAGAAAGGCAGACUGACCCUCCCUCAAACAGCCCGGCUGCCUCUAUGCACAUCAACCUGAGUGUGGCCAUCAAGGAAUCUCGUGCCUUUCAUGGAACACAGCCUGCCCUUCCUGCCGCUGCGGAAGUGACGACCAUGGAGCCGCGUGCGGCGCUGGUCGCUCCUCCACCGCCUCCUCUAGCACCUCCACCACCGCCGCCGCCUCCUCCCCCGCCUCCCCCCACGGCUUCCACCUCUUCCUCCUCCUCACCUUUAAGCCGUGCGGAUAGCGCUCGUCGGAGCCGGCUGAGGAAGCUGAACUGGGAGCGCAUCCCCAAAGAGAAGGUGGAGGGGAGAAAGAGUGUGUGGAGUGGGGCGGCCCCAGAUGAAGAUGAGUUCCCCAUAGACCUCCAUUCCCUGGAUGAGCUGUUUGGUCAGAAGGACAGUAAGCCGCGGGACCGAACCAGCACCCUGAGACGGCGCUCUUCACUGCUGCACUGCAGAUCCCCUCAGGAUAGCUCAGAGGAGAUCUCCUUAUUGGACUCCAAACGCAGUAUGAACAUUGGAAUAUUUCUACGUCAGUUCAAGAUGCCGGCUAAGGAGAUAGUUGAGGAUAUCAGGCAGGGCGCCGGAGGCCGUUACGGAGCGGAGAAGCUCACAGAGCUCUGUAAAUUGCUGCCUGACAAUGAGGAGGAGUCUCGCCUUAAGAAGUUCAGCGGGGACCGGAGCUGGCUUGGAGAGCCUGAUCUUUUCAUGCUGCUUUUGGUGGAAGUCCCCAGUUUUCGCCUUCGUCUGGAUGCCAUGAUCCUGCAGCAAGAGUUUGACCCUGCUGUGACCUCUCUGUGUGUGGCAGCCAGAUGUCUGAGAGAAGCAGCCCGAGAACUGCUGAGCUGCCCAGAAUUACACUCCAUCCUUCGUCUGGUCCUCAAAGCGGGGAACUAUAUGAAUGCAGGUGGAUAUUCAGGAAACGCUGCUGGUUUUCGAAUUUCAUCGCUGCUAAAGCUGGCGGACACUAAAGCCAACAAGCCAGGCAUGAAUUUGCUGCAUUUUGUUGCUAUGGAAGCUGUGAAAAAAGACCAGAGUUUACUGUCAUUUCCCAGCCAACUAGGUCAUGUUGGCUCCGCCUCCAGGUUUUGUGAAGAGUCUGUGCUUGAUGACUUGGCCAAGUUAAAAAGCAGAGUUGCGGCCCUCAAGGCAAAUAUACAGACUGAGGCAGAGAUUCAGAAGCAGACACAGCCUUUCCUGGAGGUGGCUGAAGAGCGUCUGAAGGAGGCAGAGGACGAGGUGGAGGGUAUGAGGAUGUCGAGUCAGGCUCUGGUGGAGUUUUUCUGUGAAGAUGACAGCACUUUUAAAUUGGAGGAGGCUUGCAGGGUCUUUCAUUUGUUUUGCCACCGCUUCCAAAGAGCAGUCCAGGAAAAUGCAGAACGUGAAUUGAAAGAACAGAAACGUCUGGAACGCCAACGUGAGAUGGCAGAAAAGCGUCGCUCUCUGGUAGUUUGCACUGGGUUAGACCUGAGCCUGAGCCUCGCCAGAGAGCCUCCCAGUCAGGAGAGCCAGGAUGAGCUGGAAAAACUCCUAGAGAGGAAUCUAAGCUACACUUGGAGCCGUCGUAGUCUUAGAAGCUCUGAUUCCCGCAGAUACCUCCAACACUCUCACAACGAUAGCCAUCUCCACAACUCACCAGUGUUCAAGAGCUUCCCUGAGCUGGGCAGCAGCCCGACAUCAACCAGUUAUCACUCAAACAGCUCCUCUGACCACGAGACCUCUGCUGUUCUCUGCAGCUCUCCAGAGACUGAUGGCAUGUGUUCCCCCAUUGACCAAGGACCCGUCCUGGGCCGAGGGAGCACGGCUCAGCACAGCCAAGAAACAAAAUUAAACACUGAAGCAGCAACAUUUAGUCAUUCUCAGCAUGAAAGUGGCUUUGUUGUGAAACAACAUGGACCUGAGAGUAUUUCUUAUCUGAGGCAAAACCAAUCCAAGUUAACGGGAACUGAAAAAGAAGUGGAUUUUUCUCAUGAAAACAUGGCUUUAGUUAACUGUUCCUAUACAGACUCUACUUCUGCUCAUAGCAGACCAACCCAGUGUGUUAAAAGCAGAACUUCCACUUACAGGCAGAAUUUUGGCCUGCCAGUAAUGCCCAGUAAUCAUCCUAUUCACUCAAAAUCCAACAGCUCUUGUGUCAAUGAGGAAUUACAACCAUCUGUUCAUACAAGUGGAAUACAGUCUUGUAGUGACAACAGUACUGGGCUCAUUGGGUACUCCAGAUCUGAGACCAAACUGCAGUCAUCUGUCAGCGCUCCAGUGGAGGAGCAGUCGCAGCCACAGACGAGAGACACACCCUCUAUUGAACCAAGUGCUGCGACGUGUUUGCCUGAUGGAGUUUUAACAAACCGGACAGACACAGAUGUGGUGUCCACACCUGCGGAGGAGACUUGGAUGCCCUCCAGUCUACCGGAGUUCAGCCAGUCACUGCCAGAGGAGGAUCCUGAGUUGCCAAGUACCGAGAGGGAGUCGGGGAGGUCAUAUUCUCGUGUCGGUGAAACGCUGGAGUGCCACACUCUGGUGAAAGGCCUUAGAUCCUAUGACGCCUUGUCACCCCCAGGCUCCCCGCUCCCACGACCAACACCAAGCCUUUGCUCCAAGUGGAGGAAAGAAAGGGAGGUUGACCUUCGAGAGGGGUCGACCCCAGCGUCUCCGACAUCAAAGGAAGAGGCUCGAACCAUGAAGGUCCCUGUACGCAGUGGGAUAGGAGCCAAGAGGGGACUUGUGUCACGUACAGGCCCUUGCAGUAGCACGGGUAUUCCCAGGGUACGCUCUAAAACCGAUUCUUCAUGUGGAAACCCACCCCCUACAAACUCAUCAACUCCUACCCGCCUGGCUACUCCUCGUAGUCUGUCAAUGCGUUCAUCUCCUAUUUCUCGAGCGGCAGAGGUGAAGCGAAGUAACAGCACACGGGAGAGAACUGUAAGUGAGGCGCAGGCUCUGGGGAAGCCCACCCUGGCCCGCAGGACUUCAAACAAAUCUGUGCCAGAGAAAGGCUCUGGCAGCACCCAGCCAACUUUUAUCAGAGGCACUCCUCUCCGCGUUUCCAAACGCCUCGCCCCAAACUCAGAGUCUCAGGUUCCCUGUCAGCCUAGCACUGCCCACAGCCCAUCCUCGGCCACAGCCAAGACCAUACGUACGGCUGUCAUAUCGGCAGCCCGAAAUAAAACUGCCAAGACGACAAGCACAAGCCCCACUCCUGCUAGCUCUAAAAUCCCAACAGCUUCAAGGAUACCUGGGCCCAAAAUGCCUCGAGGGUCUGCCACCUCCACCACUCCUGCUGCUCAGCCCCUGUGGAGGUGAUGGACAUGAAUAAGUGCCUCCUCAAACUUCUCCUGCCUUUACAGUUUUGUGAUCGUUUGUUUGAGCUCUUUGUCAGCUGUAGUUCAUUAAAAAUUGAUUUGUGUGACAUGCAUGUGUAGUCUGAGUGCUCAGUUUCUACAUGUGCAAUAGGACCGUGUGGUGGGAGCAUCGGGGAUACUUCAUCUCUUGUUUCACAGGAUAGGGGAUUUUCUGCAGUCUACCUCUAUUUACACCCAUUUGUAUCCUUUGCAGGCAAUAGGACAAGAAAACUGUCUCCAGUUGUAGAACAGGUUGAUACUUAAGUCACAGUAAUAAAAUGCAACACUACUCUGUGCCUUGUAUGUACAAGUGUGCUGCCAGAAGUGUAAUUUGGCAAACUGUUUCAGUCUCUCGUAUGGAACAAAACACUUUUUUUUUUUUUUCUUGUCUUUUUUUUUAGGAAUGCGUCCAAAUGUGAAUACUGUGACCUCUCUGUUAAGUGAUCAUGGUGUUCUCAAACUUGGCUGUCUUACAGUCCUAACUGAACUCGGUACAAUAUUGAACUAUUCAUCCUGUUGUGGUGAGGCCUCAUCAUUAUGAUGCACUUUAUAAACUGAAGAGGCUGUUGGGGGAUUGUUAUUAUUAUUUUGCUUAUUUUAUAUCAAAAGAGUAAGUUUAUUGAAUAGCAGUGGUUGUUAUUCGCUGUAUUAUAUGGUUUUGUA